CAACGGUCCGCAUCCACGUGCAUCACCCGGCGUUGUUUAUUUUUAGAACGGUAGAAACGUUUUUUUUUUUUCUUCUUUCAUUUUUUUCGGUUUGUUCAUGGCAGAGAAACCACAAACAGAAGACAUGAACCCACCAGCAAACAGGGAAUUCACGAGGAGAAGAUCUAUGUUCCUGAUGGAGUAUGAGACCCGCUUCCUCUCACCAAGCCUCGAAAAAUACGCCUCACACAAAAAAGACAAGAAAAGAGACGCAUCAAUCCAAAAGGCUGCGCUGCCACCAGCAACACCUAAACGACACUCUGCACCUCAGGGGGAAAAGGACAACAAGGCCGUCCACACAACCACUUACACAGAGGAUUUUAAAGCUUGGAAAGCCAAGAAACGUCACCCAUGCAAGCUUGAGGACAACUUAGUAGCUUCCCAUGGACUGGUUCCUGUGAGGGAUUCUGGCAAAGAGAGCAGGAAGUGCCAACAGAAAGACGACCGGCUCCCAAAGGACGACGGACACUCUGAAAGGGUCACCAGCGGCAGGCUGGAUUUUUCCGCCACUGUAGAUGAGGCGCAGAAAAGCUGGAGGAUGGCCUGGACCAGUGGAGGUCAUCUCCCUCCGGCUGACGUCAGGGACUCUCUGAAGGUUUUGAAGCUCUACUCUCAGUUCAAGGAGGCUAAUCCAGCAGCAGAGCACAAGCACCAGUCGCCAAAGGCAGAGUGUGAAGCCAGCGAGGAUAAAGGCAUCGAGUGGACCGGGCUGUCUGUGAAGCCCAGAGAGAGAGGCACGAUGGCGAUCCAGCCACCGCAAAAGGACGGCUGGGAAUCUGCUAUCCAGACAAACGAGGACGUCUCCAAACCAAACCAAAGCUGCAACAACCAGCCUCCUCAGGACUCUGUCUUGAAUUACUUCAUCAGCCUCCAUCAAGACUAACAAGUCUUCUUAAAAGAUUAAAACAAACCGACAUGA